AUGGCACCGUCCAAUUCUGAAGUGGAGAGCGCCAUCAAGGCCACCCUCAAGACGCACCUCGACGACAUGCUCCGCGUCUUCAAGGACAAGAGCACCGCGAACGUGUCGCGGAUGCUGACGCCCGACGCCACCUUCACGCUCGCGCCGGCGACGCUGCUCAAGACCAUGGGCGCGCCGCCGACCUUCUCCAUGACCAACGCGGAGCGGGAGGCGCACUUUACGCAGCAGUUCCCCGCGCUGGCGAACGGGGACAUGGAGGUGCUCGAGACGGUGGUCGACGCCCCCGGCCGCAAGGCCGUCGCCCACUUCCGCGGCACCGUCACGCUCGUCAACGACACCAGCUUCACGCUCGAGAACGUCCUCAUCGUCCACUUCACCGACGACGGCACCAAAAUCAACAAGACGGUCGAGUUUACCGACGCCGCCACGACACUGCAGUUUGUCAGCGCCGUGCGCGAGAUCGCUGCUCCCAAGGGCCCGUGA